GAUGACGCUAAAGUAGAAGAACAAAAGUCGCCGUAGUCAGUCACGUCUCGGUAGCGGGCAGUGAAGGUUACCUGCUUCAACAGUGCUUGAACGGCAACCUUUCCACUGUCUUCUUUUUUCUUCACCAAGACAAAAAGAACAACGUAAUAGCCACGUUUAACUGUGCAACCCAAAUCGAUUUAUCUCGCAAGCUAACGUCUUUGUUUUGCUAACAACGCGCGUCAUUGACACGUCUUUUCGCCAACAAAGCCUCUGAAUUAAGAACAAUGACUUCCCAGGUGAGACAGAACUUCCAUCAGGACUGCGAGGCUGCAAUCAACAGGCAGAUUAACCUAGAGCUGUAUGCCUCCUACGUCUAUCUGUCCAUGGGUUACUACUUUGACCGGGAUGACCAGGCUUUACACAAUUUUGCCAAGUUCUUCCGUAAUCAGUCACACGAGGAACACGAGCAUGCAGAGAAGCUCAUGAAACUUCAGAACCAGCGGGGAGGGAGGAUCUUCCUUCAAGAUGUCAGGAAGCCAGAACGGGAUGAGUGGGGCAGUGGUGUCGAGGCUCUUGAAUGUGCACUGCAGCUUGAAAAAAGUGUCAACCAGUCUCUUCUGGACUUGCACAAACUGUGCUCCGAUCACAAUGACCCACAUCUGUGUGAUUUCAUCGAGACCCACUACCUAGACGAACAGGUAAAGUCCAUCAAGGAGUUGGGAGACUGGGUGACCAACCUACGUCGCAUGGGUGCCCCGCAGAAUGGCAUGGCAGAAUACCUGUUUGACAAACAUACUCUGGGCAAGGAAAGCAGCUAAAUCCCUCCAUAUUUGUGCAUUUAUUGCUUGCUUUGUGUUUGAAAAUAUGGAUUGUUAUGCUUCAGGCCAGUUUGUUAGUCAUUUGGUAACUAAGCAUCCCACAUAACUUAAACUUCAUGAAGUUGUGAUCAGUGUGGUGAGCUGUGACAAAGUUUGCUGUAUCUUGCAACCCGCCUCCCCACUAUGGUCUACUAUGAUCAAAAUAUUUAACAUUGAGCUGUCAACCACACCAAAUAAAUCAAACCACAUGAAA